AAAUCAGAGCAUGUAGUUGCUGCCCGGCAAGUGUCAGAUUAGGUUUCUUUGCUAUCAUGCUCUUCUAGGCGUCGCGCAGCAUGCUUAUUAAUUAACAACAGGGCAACAUUGACGCCAAAAUCAUAAGAUAAAACUUUUAUCAAUUGUAUUUAACAAUUGAUAUAAACAUUAAGCAUUGCUGCUGGCUACCGAGGCGCUAAAACUGAAUCAGCUCGGACAACGGAGCAUCCCAUAAACUGUGGAGCGAAUGUUGCGCAACCCUUUGGUUCGUCCGCGUGCUAACAUAACAACAUUAUCACCACAAUCACGCCAUCAGAGCCGCACUCUACGCUGAUAAUUAAAUUUACUGUGGCAGAGACAUGGUAAAACGUUCCAGUGCAGUUGGCACGCCAACAUCCGGCGAUGGGCAACAAGGGCAGGAGUGGGGCAACUCCGGUGACGAAAAAAGUGCCGCAUCAACAAAAUACAUAUCUGGUGCGGCCAGUGCACCAGCCACGCCCACCAAACGCAACGACAAUGGCAAAAAUCGAAAGGAGGAAAUCGCCCAGACUUUUGUCAUUGUCAACGAACGGCCCGUGGAUGAUAUUUCGUUGGACUUCUUUUACAAACCCCACACCAUCACGCUGCUGGCCGUCUCGGUGCUGGCGGUCAUGUAUUUUGCCUUCGUAAGGAACGAGGCAAACAUAGAUGAUAAUCUUUGGUCCGGCCUGUUGUGCGUUGUGUUCUUCUUUCUUAUUAUUUCGGUCAUCGCAUUCCCCAAUGGACCUUUUACACGCCCCCAUCCAGCAGUAUGGCGCAUCCUGUUUGGCUGCUCUGUCCUGUAUUUACUCAUGCUGCAGUUUCUUAUGUUCCAAAACUAUCCAACAAUACGAAAUAUUUUCUAUUGGCUCGAUCCAAAGCUGAAGAACUUUCACAUAGACAUGGAGAAGGAAUAUGGUGUAAAUUGUUCGGACAUUAGCUGGGAACGGGUCAAAGGUCAUUUGGAUGUAUUCGCUUGGGGUCAUUUUCUGGGCUGGGCCUUUAAGGCCAUACUUAUUCGCCACAUGGGCAUACUGUGGGCCAUCUCGGUGAUGUGGGAGAUAACAGAGAUCACAUUUGCCCAUCUACUGCCCAACUUCAUUGAAUGCUGGUGGGAUGCACUCAUCUUAGAUGUGAUCAUCUGCAAUGGCCUUGGUAUUUGGGUCGGUCUCAAGAUCUGCCAAAUACUCGAAAUGCGCGAAUACAAAUGGGCUAGUAUUAAGGAUAUAUCCACGACUACGGGCAAAAUUAAGCGUGCCAUGUUACAAUUUACGCCGGAGAGCUGGUCGGCCAUACGUUGGCUGGAUCCCAAGUCAACGGCAAUGCGCUUUGCUGCCGUGAUGCAGCUGGUGAUAUUUUGGCAGGUCACCGAACUGAAUACGUUCUUUUUGAAGCAUAUUUUUGAGAUGCCACCAGAUCAUUUUAUUGUGAUUGGAAGAUUAAUAUUUAUAGGACUCUUUGUGGCGCCCUCAGUUAGGCAAUACUAUGUGUACGUUACCGACACGCGCUGCAAACGCGUCGGCACCCAGUGUUGGGUUUACGGCGCCAUUAUGGUCUCCGAGGCUAUUCUGUGUAUUAAGAAUGGCAAGGAGUUAUUUGAGCGCACGCAAGCUAUCAACAUUGUGAUAUGGCUGACCGUGCAGGUGCUUAUAUCGGUGUCAUUCGUCUACGUGGCUGUCAUAUGGCAGCAACGUCUACUAAAGAAGUCUUCACAGACCACACCAACUCUUAGUAAAAAACCAGGAGACAGUCCACAAGGCACCCCGGCGAAAGGUAAUUUGUCGCCAACGAAAGAGAAGAAAAUCAAAUGAGGCCAUUUUAGCAACACCAAAAAGGAGUAAAAAACAAGAGAAGAAAAGAAAAUGAAUUAGCAGGCAAUUCUUUAAAACUAUAUGUGUGUACAUACAAUUUAUGCAAACUGUACUGAUUAAAUUAAAUUUAUAUUGUGUAUAUGUAUGUAUAAUUGAUAUUAGAUUUGUUAAUAAGCAAAUAACAGAAUGAAUGAAGGAGAAU